AUGGCUUACACCACUACGCCUAGCGUCCAUGAUAUGCCCACAUCCCUCUCUUAUGCCGACGACAUGAACCCCGACCGGGCGCGACUUCGGGCCAGACAACACUUAGAACAUACCAAGCGUCGCAUUGCUGGGCCUAUGGACCCAUCAGCUUUCAUAGACAAAUUCCUUCCUCCUGAUAGCGAGUGUCUUGUGGACGCCUCUUCCCGACGACUGUCUAGUCGAGGCGCAUUCAGUGCUGUUCCAUCGCGAGCCGAGACGAGCGCGGAGAUAUACAUUCCCUUGAUGAAGGCCCUGAACAAAAGUACGAAGCAUAGAUCGCGAUGUCACGGCUACGUUUUCGAUAUUACUGCCACAAGAACCGUCCGUCAGGACAAACGCGGAUUCAUGAAGCCCCACAUAUGCUGCUACACCCCGUCCAACUUGGAGACUGUCAAGGCUGCGGACGUGGCGUCGCGCGUCGACCUCGGGUACGCCGAGUUAUUCAUCCACGUUUCCUCCGACCCCUCUCGCGACUUCUUCAACGAUCCGUCCCCCGACGUCGCCGACCGGUCCACACACGAGUUCCUGUCACGCUCGUCCAGUUCGUACAGGCAAACGCACAUCGACGAAUACUUCGGCCAACACAUGUCUUAUGUCGCGGAGAUAUUUGCGCGUCAAUCCCGCGUCUUCAUCUUCUCGAUCGCGGUUCACGGCUCCGUCGCGCGGAUGUUCUUCUGGGACCAUUCGGCGUGCAUCGUCUCCGGGGCCUUCGACUUGCGCGCGCAGGCCGACAUCCUCUGCGAGUUCCUCUGGCGGUUCUCCGACCGAGGCGAUACAGGGCGUGGUCACGAUGUCAGUAUCCAGCGCGCAUUACCGGAGGAGGAGGAGAUAUUCCGAGAUGCGAUUCGCGAGUACGCUGCCACGCAACUCGGCGAAGAAGACGACCUGGAGGCGGAGGUGGAGCGGCACUAUGCGUCGGGCAAGGUCUAUGCAACCAGCAUCCUUCACCAAGGUUUUAGCGCGUGCGAUGAAAACACGCUGCGGUACGUCUUUUCGCGGCCAAUCGCAAGCUCGACCGCGCUGGCACAUACCGGAAUGCGUGGGUACUGGGCGGUAGACGUGGCGACGAAGACGGUCGUGUUUCUUAAGGACACAUGGCGAGAGCUCGAGGCAGAGAGCGAAGGCGACAUCCUACGACGGUUACACAACCUUGGGGUCCGCAACAUACCCGCGCUUUCCUGGCAGGGAGACGUUUCAUGGUUUGCGGAAUACCCAGUCCCACGGCGCAAGUUCAACGUCAACGAACUGCAGACCACGAUAGGAAGCAACUUCACUUCUCCCCCAUGGAGGUGUCGAGUGGAUGGGGUUCGAGCUACUCUUCAUCACCGUAGGCACUAUCGUCUGGUUCUGGGGACCGUUGGACGAUCAUUCGGCACCGUACGUGGCACAAAGGAGUUGCUUCAUGCCGGCCUCGAUGUCUUUAGGGCCAUGCGAGAUACUCUGGAGAAGGAUUCUCGCAUUCAUCGGGACAUCAGCGCGGGCAACAUUGUGCUAGUCAAAGAACCGGACGCCGACGUGCGUAGAGGGUAUCUCAUCGACUGGGAACUAUCAUGCGCGCUAAACGACGAGGGUGAUGCUAAAGUGAUCGGACGAGCAGGGACGUGGCGGUUCAUGUCCAUUCGCCUCCUCAAUUGGUCGGAACCCGACGAACACCGACAUCGUUUCCAGGACGACAUGGAGUCACUCCUAUGGGUCAUGUUCUUUGGCGCGCUCAUGUGGCAACCGCACAACUACUCCGACACCACUCUUCGAGAUGUGAUAUACGAUUUCUUCGACGCGCGAAUAUGGUCGCCCUCCGGUAACCUCUGGUCCGGUGGUUUUUACAAGGACUUGUAUCUCCGCUCGCGUGACGCACUCCCUGCUCUGAAAUUCAACAGUGAAUCCAUUCAAGAAUGGUUGGACACGAUGAUGGCAUACCGUUCCCCGCCCCGCUCGGGCGCCUCGAAGUUCAAGCACAAAUGGACCGACCAUGCGUUUAUUCACCAAGUCUGGACCGACUUUCUCAGCACACACACUUUGGAGACAGCAAAUCGCGUGGAAAACGUGCCCGCAGAGGUCCUCCAUACGAGCGACCUGAGCUCACGCGUGGCGUCCGAUCAAGGCAAGAGUCCGCCGUUCCCAGCUUCGCCACCCAGAACGAUGAGCUUGACGCUCGAAGGUGCCUUGGACCACGGAAGCCCUAACACGAACUCGGCGCAGCUCGCCAGCACAAGCGUCGAGGUCGUUGCCACCUGUCCUACGACGCAGCACGCGGAUACGUCAGCGCCAAGACGUGGUGCCAAAUCAUCCUGA